AUGCGUCUUGUGGUUUAUAUGAUCAGUACAGACUAUUUCCAAUAUUUUACAGAAAAAGAAGUCAACUUUCUUCGCCCAGCAGACAGCAAACCCCAGCAACCUACAGUGUGCUCAUUCUCAUGGUCCCUCAUGGAGGGUAAGGGCCAGGGGACUAAGAAAGGAAGAGGAGGAAAGUUUGCAGGUUCCUUACGGAGGAUGAGUGGCUCGUUUAAACGUACUUCAUUUAAGGGCUCAGCAUCUGGCUCACAAAAGGGUCAAAAGGCUUGGAUAGAGAAGACCUUUUCAAAAAGAGAAUGCAUCUAUGUAAUUGCCAACAACAAAGACAUUAGCAGGUGCUGCUGUGGCCAGCUCAUUAACCAACAUAUUCCACCUCCUCCAAGUAUAACAGCUAAUAAAAAUGGAGAAGAAACAAAGCAAGUGGAAGCUCAGCCAGAGAAAUGGUCUGUCAGUAAACACACCCAAACAUAUCCAACUGAUGCCUAUGGAAACCUUGAAUUCCAGGGAGGAGGACAUUCAAACAAGGCCAUGUACAUCCGUGUGUCAUAUGACACUAAACCAGAUUCUCUGCUGCAUCUCAUGGUGAAAGACUGGCAACUGGAACUGCCCAAACUCUUAAUCUCUGUCCAUGGAGGCCUCCAGAACUUUGAAAUGCAACCUAAAUUAAAGCAAGUGUUUGGAAAAGGUCUGAUAAAGGCUGCCAUGACCACAGGGGCUUGGAUUUUCACUGGAGGUGUUAGUACAGGUGUCAUUCGUCAUGUGGGAGAUGCCUUGAAAGAUCAUUCUUCCAAAUCCAGAGGACGAAUAUGUGCCAUAGGAAUUGCGCCGUGGGGCAUUGUAGAAAACAAGGAAGAUCUGAUAGGAAAAGAUGUAACCCGGGUUUACCAAACAAUGUCAAACCCUCUGAGUAAGCUCUCCGUGCUCAACAGCUCCCAUACCCACUUCAUUCUGGCAGACAACGGCACGCUGGGUAAAUACGGAGCUGAAGUCAAGUUACGGCGUCAGUUGGAAAAACACAUUUCCCUCCAGAAAAUUAACACACGGCUGGGGCAAGGUGUUCCUGUAGUUGGUCUCAUAGUGGAAGGAGGUCCCAAUGUGAUCUCCAUUGUCUUAGAGUGUCUACGAGAAGAACCCCCUCUCCCUGUCGUGAUAUGCGAUGGUAGCGGACGAGCAUCAGAUAUCCUGUCAUUUGCACACAAGUAUUCAGAAGAAGGAGGGAUAAUAAGUGAAUCCCUUAGGGACCAGCUGCUAGUUACCAUCCAGAAAACAUUCAACUACAACAGGAAUCAAGCUCAUCAGUUGUUCAUCAUUCUUAUGGAGUGCAUGAAAAAAAAAGAACUUAUUACUGUGUUCCGCAUGGGGUCCGAAGGGCAACAGGACAUUGAGAUGUCUAUCUUAACUGCUCUCCUCAAAGGUACCAAUGCAUCUGCUCCAGACCAGCUCAGCUUAGCUUUGGCCUGGAAUCGUGUAGACAUUGCACGCAGCCAAAUCUUUGUCUUUGGACACCACUGGCCACCUUUAGGAAGCCUUACAGCUCCUGAUGGCACAGCUCCUGAGAAGGAAAAGAAAUCUCCAGCAGCUCAGACUAAAGCAGCCAGAGGGAAAGGAAAAGGGAAGAAAAAGGGAGGAAAAGGAAAAGAAGAACCAGAAGAAGAAACAGAUCCAAGAAAGCUUGAACUCCUGAACUGGGUGAAUUCCCUGGAGCAGGCUAUGCUGGACGCACUGGUUCUGGAUCGAGUGGACUUCGUGAAACUACUUAUUGAGAAUGGAGUGAACAUGCAGCACUUCCUCACUAUUCCUCGACUGGAAGAACUUUAUAAUACCAGAUUGGGUCCACCAAAUACGCUGCAUUUGCUAGUCAGAGAUGUGAAAAAGGGAAAUCUUCCACCAGAUUAUCAUAUCAGCCUAAUAGAUAUUGGUCUUGUACUUGAAUAUCUCAUGGGUGGAGCUUAUCGCUGCAACUACACUCGAAAAAGUUUUCGGACUCUUUAUAAUAAUUUAUUUGGACCAAAGAGGCCAAAAGCUCUUAAACUACUAGGAAUGGAGGAUGAUGAGCCUCCCACCAAAGGGAAGAAGAAGAAGAAGAAAAAGGAGGAAGAGAUCGAUAUUGAUGUGGAUGACCCGGAAGUCAGCCGUUUUCAGUAUCCCUUUCAUGAACUGAUGGUAUGGGCUGUGCUGAUGAAACGGCAGAAGAUGGCACUCUUCCUUUGGCAGCGAGGGGAGGAAACCAUGGCCAAAGCACUUGUGGCCUGUAAACUCUACAAGUCUAUGGCCCAUGAGUCUUCUGAGAGUGAGCUGGUUGAUGACAUCUCUCAGGAUCUGGACAACAACUCAAAAGAUUUUGGGCAGCUGGCUGUUGAACUCUUGGAUCAGUCCUAUAAACAUGAUGAGCAGGUUGCCAUGAAACUACUGACCUACGAACUGAAAAACUGGAGUAAUUCUACCUGUCUCAAACUGGCUGUGGCAGCUAAACACAGGGACUUCAUUGCUCACACGUGCAGCCAGAUGCUCUUAACAGACAUGUGGAUGGGGCGAUUACGCAUGAGGAAAAACCCAGGCCUUAAGGUUAUAAUGGGGAUUCUCUUCCCUCCCACCAUCCUUUUCCUAGAGUUUCGGAGUUACGAUGAUUAUUCUUACCAGACAUCAAAAGAAAAUGAAGAAAGCAAAGAAAAGGAGGAGGAAAAUGCGGAUGCAAAUGUGGAUACAGGCUCCCGAAAAGGAGAUGAAGAGAAUGGAAAGAAAAAACAAAAGAGCCUUCCAAUUGGAACAAAGAUCUAUGAAUUCUAUAAUGCACCUAUUGUCAAAUUUUGGUUCUACACACUAUCAUACCUCGGUUACUUGAUGCUAUUUAAUUAUAUCAUCUUGGUGCGGAUGGAACGGUGGCCAUCAGUCCAGGAAUGGAUUGUCAUCUCUUACAUUGUGACGUUGGCUUUGGAGAAAGUAAGAGAGAUUCUGAUGUCAGAGCCUGGCAAGCUGAGCCAAAAAGUGAAAGUUUGGCUUCAGGAAUACUGGAAUAUUACUGACCUGGUGGCUAUUUCAGUAUUUAUAAUAGGAGCAAUUCUUCGCCUACAGAACCAGCCUUACAUGGGUUAUGGAAGAGUUAUUUACUGCGUAGAUAUCAUUUUCUGGUACAUUAGGGUACUAGAUAUCUUUGGUGUGAACAAAUAUCUGGGACCCUACGUCAUGAUGAUUGGAAAGAUGAUGAUUGACAUGCUCUACUUUGUGGUCAUCAUGCUUGUGGUUCUGAUGAGUUUUGGAGUAGCCCGCCAAGCUAUUCUGCACCCAGAUGAGGAGCCUUCUUGGAGACUAGCCCGCAACAUCUUCUAUAUGCCCUACUGGAUGAUCUAUGGAGAGGUGUUCGCAGACCAGAUAGACCGUAAGAGUAGAAUUCAUACUCCUUGUGGGGACAAUCUUUAUGAUGAUGAUGGUAAACGCCUCCCUCCAUGUAUACCAGGGGCCUGGCUCACUCCUGCUAUUAUGGCUUGUUACCUCUUGGUGGCAAAUAUCCUGUUGGUGAACCUGCUGAUUGCUGUCUUCAACAAUACCUUCUUUGAGGUAAAAUCAAUAUCCAACCAAGUCUGGAAGUUCCAGCGGUACCAGCUGAUCAUGACAUUCCAUGAUAGACCUGUCCUCCCACCACCAAUGAUUAUCUUCAGCCACAUCUACAUAAUCAUCAAGCGAAUCUGCUGUCGCUGCAAGAAGGGUGAAGGAGACCAGGAUGAGCGUGACAGGGGACUGAAGUUAUUUCUGAAUGAUGAAGAGCUAAAGAAACUGUAUGAGUUUGAAGAGCAGUGUGUAGAAGAAUACUUCCAGGAAAAAGAGGACGAGCAGCAAUCAUCUAAUGAUGAACGCAUCAGAGUUACCUCUGAAAGAGUUGAAAAUAUGUCUAUGAGGCUAGAAGAGGUGAAUGAAAGAGAACAUUUUAUGAAAGCUUCUCUUCAAACAGUCGACCUUCGACUCUCUCAGUUGGAAGAACUAUCUGGUCGGAUGGUGAAUGCUCUUGAGAAGCUGGCAGGUAUUGACAAAUCUGAGCUGACAUACACACGUUCACGGGCUUCGUCCGAGUGUGAUGCUGCGUAUCUCCUACGGCAAAGCAGCGUUAACAGCUCUGAUGGCUACAGUAUGUACAGAUACCAUGUUGGUGGCGAUGAGUUAAUGUACGAUGACAGUACAACUCCUAUGUCACCAGCCAUGGGAUUGCGUAAAAAAGCCCAUUCUGUUGGUACCAAAGAAGAUGGAGCAGACCCAAGGAUGCUGGUUCCUGAACAUCACACCGGUCUCCACUAUACCUCUAGUGCUAAUGCAGUCGCCACAUCAGAUUACAGUAAAUCUACAUUAGAAAUUGCACAGAAUGCUUCCAGACCCUAUUCUGGUUCAGGUGGUUUGGGGGAUGAAAAGCUGGGGAUUUUCAAGAGUGAUGGAAUGAUUCCUCGAAGUAUAAACCAGAUGGAUGCUGUUACAAACAAACAGUCAGUACCAAGAGCAGAUUUUCAGAACACUCAGUUAAAAGUAGAACGUACCAAGCUAGAAGCAACCAUCUCUUACCCCUUGGAUAAAUCUAAAGCGAUGCGCUAUUUUCCUCCUGAAACAUUCAGUGCUUGUCAAACCACUAUGACAAAGUCAAGGAGCUUUAUAUUUGCACAGGGUGGGAAGCUGGUUGGAGGAGUUAACAACUGGACCACAGAGUAUAGUACCAUCAUGGACCAGGUGGGCCCUUCUACAAUCGAACAAUGGGCCACAGAGUGGAAAUAUGAAGUUGAGCAGCAGCUUUCUCAAGAACGUCCUCCAGAAUACCCUGGUUUUACGUCUGAGGCAGAAAGGCAAGCAGAGCAGAAACAGUUACAGAUGGACACAGAUGACAGUGAUGUUGGUGAAGCAGGUAUGAGUGCCUCUUACACCCCUAUGCCUGCCACUGUCAAGGCUGAGAAAGAGAAUUUACUAUCAGUAAAGCCAGAAAGGACUUCUGGGUUCCCAUCAGUACGGUCAAAGAGUUUGCACAGCCAUUCUCGGAAAGCCAAGUCUGUAAAGGACAAGUUAAAUAGACCAGGACAUGCCAGCAGCGUAACUAAUUUGGUGGUAGCAUUUGGCAGUGCCACAGAGGAACAGAAAGCUAGGCAAGAAAAUGCAUCCACAGAAACUGAAUGUUGAAAU